GGAGAUUUAUUUAAUUGUUUGAUUACAAAUUUGGUAUUUGAAUUUUGAAAAGUUUAUUAUAUUCUGCAUAGAAAAGAGAUACGCGUAGACAUAUCUACCGUAGUUCGUCUGCUGAAUUACAAAAUAGACGAAUACACUUUGCCGCUGCAAAACAUGGCUUUGAAGAAUUAUUCUUUCGAUUCAGAUUGCAUAACAUUGACGAGAUUCAUACUUGCUGAACAACGAAAGAUAUCAACUGCUACCGGAGAUCUAAGUCAACUUCUAAACAGUAUACAAACUGCAAUAAAAGGGAUCAGUUCAGCAGUGAAAACAGCUGGUAUUACAAAUAUGUUCGGGAUGACCGGAAAAAAAAAUAUUCACGGAGAAGAAGUAAGAAAAUUAGAUAUAUUGAGCAACGAGUUGUUCAUAAACAUGUUAGCAUCUUCGUACACAACUUGCUUUCUUGUAAGUGAAGAAAAUACAGAUGUGAUUGAAGUGGAGAUUGAAAAACGUGGAAAAUACAUAGUAUGCUUCGAUCCUUUGGAUGGAUCUUCUAAUAUUGAUUGUAUAGUAUCAGUUGGUUCCAUAUUUGGGAUUUACAAGAAGCCGGAGGAAUUGAAAGAGCCUUUAAUAGCGAAUGUCCUCCAAUCUGGUAAAAAUUUAAUUGCUGCUGGGUUUGCACUCUAUAGUUCAGCAACAAUAAUAAUACUUUCGGUUGGCCACGGAGUUAAUGGUUUUACUUAUGACUCAGCGAUCGGGGAAUUUAUUUUAACCGACAAAAAUAUACAAAUACCUUCUAGAGGAAAUGUCUAUAGCAUUAACGAAGCAUACGAAAAUUUUUGGAAUACAGCUAUCAAAACGUACAUUCAUUCGAAGAAAUAUCCUAAUAAUGGAAAAAUAUAUAGUGCUCGGUAUGUGGGCUCUAUGGUGGCUGAUGUGCACAGGACGUUAAAAUAUGGAGGAAUAUUUCUUUAUCCAGCGAUCAAAACUUAUCCGCAAGGAAAGUUGCGACUUUUGUACGAAUGUAUACCAAUGGCCUAUAUAAUAAAACAAGCCGGCGGCAUGGCAUCGAACGGAGAAAUUGAUAUUUUGGACGUAAUACCCAAAAAAAUUCAUCAAAGAUCUCCAUUAUUUUUGGGAUCGCAAGAAGAUGUCCAAGAAGUUUUACAAUAUAUUAAAAAAUAUAAAGAUAAUAAAUAGUGGAAGGAAGAAGAUGAUGAAACAUGGAAAAAAAUCCUCCAGGGGAUACCCUUGGACCAGAUCCUGGAGCUGGAUAAGUUGCUGUUCCUUCGUAUCGUACCAUGGGCCUGUAACCACCAUUGUCGGCGAUGUAAUCAACAAUUUGUGUUCUACCAUCUGGUAAUAAUACGUGAUAAGCUCCAGUUGCUUCGUUAUCUUUUCGUGAUUCGUGGUGGCCAAAAUUUAAUCCAGCUACCGCGUCUUCGACUUCGUAUGAAAAUUCGUAAUUUGCCGGAUCCUAUGAAAAAAAAGAAGAC